GUGGAGGUUUGGCUGAAGAGCUGUGCGCAGCAUGGGCACCGGGGAUUACAUCUGCGUAACGCUGCGUGGUGGUGCACCGUGGGGAUUCACCCUCCGAGAAGGAGAGGGGGACACCUACAGACCUUUCCUAAUUUCCCAGGUAGAAGAAGGUGGCCGUGCCUUCCUGGCCGGAGUGCGGGAAGGGGAUGAGGUGGUGUCAGUCAACGGAGAGCCAUGUGCUGACCUCACCCUUCUACGAGCCUUUGCUCUCAUCGACACAUCGAUCGACUGCCUGCAGCUGCUUCUCAAACGAUACUGCUCCGUUCCCCCUGAAGACUAUGAAUCAGAAGAGACACACUGUGGUGAGAGGGUCUCUUCAAGUGAUGUUUUAGAGAGCACCACCCUCCACAUCUUCUCCCCAAAGCACAGGUCCCAAGCCCUGAGGGAACUCUACAUAUCUGAGUCCCAGGAUGAGGCCUUCUAUGGGGAGUUGGACAGUGACACAGAGUUUCCCAAGAGACCCCAGCUGCUUUGCACCCAGCUACAUGCUCCUUCAUCUGAUGAUCAGAGAGGCCGGGAGCCUGUUUUUAAGGAAAAAGAAGUGCAACGAUGCUUCUCCCCUGGGGAGAUGGUCGAGCUCCAGCUGUCCCUGUCUGAGCAAACGCUGGACGACGGGGGCUGCACCUCUCUUGGGAGUGCUCGUGGAAUUGAGGGGGAUCUCACAAACCGAGAGGUUGUUGAGACUAUCCACACCACCACCGUAUCACACUGUGUACCAAGCUCUUUCAGAGAGCCUCUCAGCCAGCAUGGAGUAGUGCUCAGCUCCCCUUCGAUGCUGGGACAGGUCGAGGUCAUUCUGCAGCAGCCUUCAGCAUCAGCAGAAGCAGGGAGGGGCGUCCUGAGUGUGGGUGGCCCCAGGGUCAGUGGAAGUGUUGGAUCCCAAAGUGAAGGAGAAGAAGGAGGAGGGCACUCCGAGGGAGUUCCUGGCUCUUUUACUGUGUCAUUUGGAAUUCCCUCAGAAGAGGCGACACCAGCAGAAGAGCAGGACUCUGAUUCUGAGGGGGAUCAAGACAAACCUAACAGGCAUCGGGCAAGGCACGCCAGGCUCAGGCGCAGCGAGAGUCUGUCUGAGAAGCAGGUGAAGGAGGCCAAGUCCAAAUGUAAACGUAUUGCUCUCCUUCUUACGGCUGCUCCGCCCAACCCCAACAACAAGGGGGUGUUGAUGUUCAAGAAACAUCGGCAGAGGGCCAAGAAAUACACACUUGUGAGCUACGGAACAGGAGAAGACGAACCAGAGUGCAGUGACGAAGAGGACGAGGACAACGAAGACGACAAACAAGAAACUCACACUGUUAAAUUUACACUUGUGGCUCCUAACGAUUCUGAAAUAGAUAAGCAUUUUCUCACUAAUGCCCAUAGUAGCAAAGGUGUGCUAACUAUCAACUGGGACAAGGGUCUCCUUGAGAUCGAAAGGAACCUGAACAACCAAGCAGAGAUGGAAUGUUUGCCUGAAACCAAGGGCAAGGGUGCCCUAAUGUUUGCUCAACGGCGUCAGAGGAUGGAUGAGAUUUCUGCUGAACAUGAGGAGCUUCGGCGCCAGGGGGUUCCCGUGGAAGGAGUGCAGGAGGUGGAAAAGAAGAUAAUGGAGCAGUCCUACAUGCAGUCAACAACAGAGGGCCAUGCUUACAUGGAUGUAAAUAUACAUCAGCAAAGCCAACACCAACAUCAGUACCAGCAAUACCAAGAGCAACAGUACUAUGAGCAACAACAGAACUACCAACAGCAACAACAGAGCUACCAACAGCAACAACAGAGCUACCAACAGCAACAACAGAACUACCAACAGCAGCAACAAUACCAGCAACAGUAUCAGCAACAACAGUAUGAACAGCAACAUUAUCAACAACAGCAAAUGUAUCAGCAGCAGCAAGAAUAUCAUCAAGAGGAACAGCAAAUGCAGCACUAUUCUACAAACAUCAAUGGUACAGUACAACAUCAAACCAAUGAAAUGCAGAGUUCUUUCAGCAAUCGCACUGCAAAACCUUUCUCAGUAGAAAAUAUGGCGGCUACCCCUUAUUCUCCUGCAAUGAGUGGGACCAAUCAAGAUUCUGUGGGCCAAGGAGAGCAGAUAGCUUCCCGUGAUGAACGCAUUUCUACCCCUGCAAUUAGAACUGGCCUCUUGAUGGAUGGAAGGAGACGAAAUACUGGCAAGCCUAUGUUCACCUUUAAGGAAGCACCAAAAGUAUCACCUAACCCAGCAUUACUGAACCUCCUCAACAAGAGUGAUAAGAAGUUGGGUUUUGAGUCAGGACCCGAGGAAGACUACCUUAGCCUUGGGGCUGAGGCUUGUAAUUUCCUCCAGUCUCAACGAGUUAAACAUAAAAUUCCUCCACCAGUGGCUCCAAAGCCUGUGAUCAACCCCAACUCUCCUCCUUGGUCCCCACAGACAGAAGUGACCAACCAGGACAUGGCUCAGCAUGCUGAAAAUAGUGUAUCCACACCUGCUGCAGCCCCCACCACAGAUACUACCCCUGCUCCAGAACUAGAGCCAAACCCUGCACCUGCUCCUGAGCCCUCUCCCCCUCCUGCCCCCCAGGAGGCUUCUGCCAGCACUACCACAGAGGAGCAGCACACAUGGACUCUCCCAGAGCCUGAAUCUCAACAACAGCCUCUGCAAGUGACAGCUCAGGAGGAAAGUGGUCAUAUGAAUUCUACCCUGCAGCCUGAGCCUGCUCCUGUGACUACCUGGGCUUCAGCACAAUCACAACAGCCAUCUACCAAUUCCUGGCAUCCAGCUCAAGUACAACCCCAAGAACCACCUCCAAGUCAGUCCCCACCACAACCACCUUGGGUGACACGUCAAAAUACUCAGGCCCAGGCACAACCUCAACCCCCCACAAAUACUUGGACCCCUCAAAUUCAGCCAUCUUGGAGUCAGCCUCAAGAGCAAGCACAAACACAUGCUCAGCCAUCCUGGGCCCUGCCUCCAGAGCAACCAUCGGCUCAGCCACAGGUUCAGCCACCCUGGACACACUCUCAAGAGCAGCCACACCUGCAACAAAUGCAACCAACUUGGGGUCAACCUCAAGAACCAAUGCAGCAGCAGGCCCAGGCCCCAUGGGCACAGCCAUCACAAACAGACUCUCAGCCUCAACCACCAUGGGUGCAGCAACCCCAGCAACAAUCCCAAGCACAACCUCCCUGGGUUCGACAGGUUCCACCAGAAUCCCAGCCACAGCCUCCAUGGGUUCAGCAACCACAGCAUCAGGCUCCGCAACAAGCAUGGCCACAGGCCCAAGCACCAGGUCAACCUCAACCACCUUGGGUCUCAGCUCAGCCUCAACAGCAACAGCAGCCUUCAGUUAAUGCAUGGCCUCCAUCACAAGCUCAAGCCCAAGUUCAGCCACCUUGGAUGCAAGCAGCCCAAUCACAACCUCAAGCACAGCCUCAAGCUAAUUUGAAUCCAUGGGCACCAGUGCCUGCCCAGGCUCAGUCCCAACCAUCGUGGGCACAGGAGCCUCCAGAACAUGGUCAGCACACCAUGAAUUCUUGGGCCCAAGAGCAAAAUCAGGCCCAACAUCAAGCACCUUGGGCUCAACCAGUUUCACCCCAGUCCACACCACAGCCAAACUGGCAGGCGUCCACUUCAAAGACUCCACCACAGCCACCAAUGAAUGUAGCCUGGCCUCCUGCUCAUACACAGCAACCUCAGGCACCUGUAAAUGCCUGGGCAUCACAGUCACAGCAAACAUCUGUGAAUGUUUCCACAUCAAUGGUCAACACUCGUCCUUCUCCAAAACCUUGGCAUCCACCACAAAAUGCCCCACAAAACCGCACCCCACCACCUCCACCACAGCGAUUGCACUCUUUUAACAUUGGUCAAAGAGCUUCAUCACCCAUCAACCCAAUGGCCACCAUCUUAAACCCAGUAUCCCCAGGUUCAGCUUUUGAGAUGCCAGUUGUCAGAGGGAAAGGAGCUGAUAUGUUUGCCAAGAGGCAGUCCCGUAUGGAGAAGUUUGUUGUGGAUUCUGAGACUGUGGAAGCAAACAAGGCAAGCCGAUCAACAUCGCCAGCUGCUUCCUUACCAAAUGAGUGGAAAUAUACUCCCAAUGCACUUGGCAGAAGCUACUCCCUUUCCCCGCCAGCCAGAGUGCCAUUCACAGGCCAGAAGUCAGCUUCAGCUUCUUCUUCCCCCAAGCCUCUGACUCGGGCUUCCACGACUCCCCCAGCAAGGCAGACAUCCCGGCUGGAAAAGGGCCCCAAACCCCCUACACCCUGGGAGGCUGCCUCCCGGCAUCCUCUGGGUCUGGUGGAUGAAGCCUUUACUUACCAGAACCUUCACCAAACCCUGGCCUCAAACAUCCGCUUGGCAGCACAGCGCAAAAUACUGCCCGAGCCGCCAGCAGAGUGGAAAGCCAGGGUGUCUUACCAGUCCCAGCAGAAAACAGGCAGCCAGACUUGGAGCCAGAGCCAAAGUCGCAGUCAGAGUCGAGCUCCCCUGCCAUCAUUUGUGUCCCCAACAAAGAGUGCUGUCUCCACUCCCACUGCUCAUGCUGGUUACAGGUCCCUGCCAAGGCAGUGGCAGCCUCAAAGGUCUGUAACAGAAGCAAACUUGGGGCCCUCAGUGUCUUCAUCUACGAGGCCCUUGGGAAAGCAAACUUACAAGUCUGUUUUCACCAGCAACACUUGGAGUUGGAGACGAUAGGAUACAGCUGCCUCAACUGUUGUGACCAUAGCUCAUUCAAGUACAGUUAGAGGAGUUUCAUCAACAUCUAAACAAACCAUAUUGUGAGUGAGUAGUGAGUUAAUAUAUAAUGAGGUGGAAAGUUGGAAAGAGUUCUCCUGGUUUUGAUGCUAAUACAUUUAAAUGCUACUACAUUUCUAAUUUUUUUCUAUUACAUCUUCAGUACAAAAGGAUUUAGAAGACAUAUUUGCAUGCCAUAAUCAAAUGUGAAAAUAGAUGAUUACUAUAACAAUAUAUGGAGACUUCAAAAAGGAUUUGAGCUACAUUUAAGUUACAGCUGUCUAGCUUGGUGAAUACACUGAAGUGGGUCUGUACUUCAUCAUAUAAAGCAGUGAGUAUGUUUUUAAGAGUGAAUAUACUGAGAGUAAAUGUUAAGUGCUGAAUAAGUGGAAGGUUUUGAGUUAUUAUAUAGAAACAGAACUGUACACCUGGAGAUAACGGUACCAGCUGACUAUCCAGUUUACCUUUCAGAAUAUACAAGAAAGGUAAUAACGGUGUCCUGAGAAAAGAGACAUGAGAAGCUGCUAAGAGAGAAAAAGAAAUAGUGACCCACCCAUCUUACAGUAAGUUGCAAGCAAAGAUUGUCUCUUGAAUUGUUUUGAGCUUGUGGAUUUACUGUUCAUCCUGGUUUAAUUUUCUGCUGUGGGUGUAUGUAUUUAGCAUGCUGGUUCUUGCAGUGUAUGUGCACUUUUUUUUUUUUUUUGCUGGUUUUGUUUGAUUUUCAAUCCGUGAAACUUGAGGAUGGGUGCAUUUGUGGUGUUUUCAGAUCAGGAAAUCAUUUCACUGUCACUGAAUGAAAUCAGCGAUGCAUUAGAAGUGAGGCUUAAACCUUGAGCAAAGGUUAGAGCUAUAACUCAGAAUGUUGUGGGCGGACGUGUUGUUAUGUAAGCUCUAAUAAGUGAGAUUAAUUCACUUAUUUACCAGUUGCAUUUUAAUUAGUGCAUUAGCAUGUGGCCACUAACUAUUCAGAGAGAGGGAGAGAGGGCAGAUGAGAAACCCCAAAUGGGUCACCUUUUCUACCAAUUCAGUUUGUUAGUGUUUGGUUUUUUUUGUUUUUUUUUUGUUGUUGUUGUUGCAGUUUGUAGAAGGGCAGUGGCAUUUUAGUUGGGAGUGAACGUAUAAUCAAGGAAUGUUGAUGAAUUCUAAUUAUGAAUUUAAAAAAAAGAUUUUGUUUGGGUUUAUGAUAGGUUUACAAGAGUGGGAGAAUUGCUUACGGUAUGUGAUGGCUUUGUUGUUUGUGUUUAGUUUGGGCUUUUGCUGUAACUUUGCAAUCAUCUCUAAAGAUUAAGAGUAGGUUGGUGUUUCCACAGAGUGUACAUAAUGUCCAAAUGUGGUUCUCACCAAGCAGUCUCAUAAACAUAAAUAAGAUUUAUCACACAGCAUUGUGUUGUGUCUCAACUGACUCACUGAACAUCCUGACAUAUAGUGUAUCUGUGAUAAUUUCACUCUAUUGCUUCCAUUCAGCACUUAUUAUGGAUAUGAUACAAUACCAGUAAUCAAUAUCUGUUCCAGCCUCAUUCAGAUAUAGUUUCACAUGAAGCAUUUUUCAAAAUAAAUUCAGCUAAAUAGCACUAUUUCACAAAUUGCACUG